UGGCUGUACGUGCGGUUGGGCUUCCCCAACCUCAGCCUCACCCUGGUGCACUUCGCUAUCACCUGGCUCGGCCUUUACCUGUGCCAAGCCCUUGGCGCUUUCUCCCCCAAGAGCCUCCAGCCCUCCCAGGUGCUACCCUUGGCCCUCAGCUUCUGCGGCUUCGUCGUCUUCACCAACCUCUCCCUCCAGAGCAACACCAUCGGUACCUACCAGCUGGCGAAGGCCAUGACCACGCCGGUCAUCGUGCUCAUCCAGAGCCUGGCUUACGGAAAGACUUUCCCCCUCCGGAUCAAGCUUACCCUG